AUGUCUUCUCACAAGACUUUCCAAAUCAAGCGAUUCCUGGCCAAGAAACAAAAGCAAAAUCGUCCUAUUCCUCAGUGGAUCUGGAUGAAAACUGGUAACAAAAUCAGGUACAACUCUAAGAGAAGACACUGGAGGAGAACGAAGGUGGGUCUGUAAGGAUUCACAC